ACCUGCGUUGGCCCUAGGCCUCUCUCCUCUGGGUCUUCUGGGUGCUCACCACUACUACAUGAACCGCUCCAACUGGGGACUCAUCUACACAUGCACGCUGGGACUGGCGGGAACAGGUUGGAUCCGUGACUGGUUCCGCAUCUACUUCCUAAUACAGCGCAGUAAUGAAAUCAUCGCAGGAGAGAGAGACAAGAAAGAGAAGACCCUUGAUGACGCUUAUAUGAUCUGGUUCCCUUUUGGAAUCCUUGGUGCUCAUCAUUUCUACUUAGAGAGCAAUCAGCGAAGAAUCAGCAUGAAAGCUGAGGACGUGGAAGGCAACAUCACCCCGGCGUUUGACGACUACAACGACAACAGCGUCACUCUGAACGCCGGGGAUGGCAAAGAGGAGGCAGGAGACGACUCCAAGAAGGACGCGGGGGAGGGCCCGAGUGAGGACAAAAUACCAGAGGUUAAAAUGGCCAGUUUGCAAGGUGCUCCAAACCUAGUGCCAAAUACAAAAUAGCAAGAUUCUGAGGAGAAAUAAAUAUGUAGGUCGAUGGCAAGCAGUUCAGCAGUUCUAAGUCCAUAAAUCUUUUUUUUAAAUCAGGAGAUCGAAAAAUCUCUUUCAUUCGCUGAAAAAUGUAUUGUAACUAUCUCGAAAAUUUUCCUGCUUUUUUCAACAAUUAUGAUUUGAUUUUUUCCCCAAAAUAAUUCCCGAGAACCUGCACUGUAUGUCACAGAUUAAAAAUUGCAAUUAAUUAGAAUAUUCACAAUUCCGAGCUUGGUACAUCAGAAUAGUUGGCCGACUGAGGGUGACGUGAAGACCAAGAGAUAGUUAAAUUACUUGACUUUGUGGUGUACUGAACUCGUGUGCUCAAUUGUCAUUCCAGACUCUGGUUGAUGUUGGAUUUCAUUGAGUGUUAUUCAGCCUCAGUAGGUUUUUAGUUAUAAUGACGCUUUAGAGUCUGUGUCAGAACUCAUUUGUCUGCACCUUCCAUAAAGGUCCUAUACCAUUUGAUCUCUACACACUCGGUAAAAUGAUCCAACGCCCCCCACCCUCCCGCCGUUUCUCCCACACAAACUGUUCAUCCUGAUAAUCUGCGUUCCACAAACACCACUAAUGCAGACACACACGCGUAC